UUUCGACGAGACGGGCGUCGCGUCGAAAGCUUGGCGCGACCGCCGUUCGGUGCGCUGGAAUCGCAUGGCCGCCCCUCAGUGCUCGCGAGCCUCGCUCGUCGCUCGGUGCGCGUUACGUCUUGUCCCUCAUAGCUCCGCCUUUUUUGUCCAUUAAUUAACCACACAUUUCUCCUUACAAGUAAUUUCAUUGAGAAAUAAAUACAUCCGUCAUUGAUAUUCCGUCCAGCCUGACUUUCGGUGGAGCUUGUAUUUCUCGCGUCUCUCGUUUACACUCGCACGAGUGUUCGUCUCUUUUACAUUGAAAUAAAAUCCGCGCUCCCGAUAGCGGUACACGCGUCGGUGAAAACACGAGUAAAAUAAAAAAAGGAAUAAAGAAGCCUGUGUGCGUUGUGUACAAGCGCAGCAUCGUUGUGUCGUGUUCCGUAGAGAUUUUCUCGGAGUGAAUGUUUCCAGUGAGGUUUGCGCGAGUGUAAGUUCGCCUACGUACAGGCGCAUUCUUCAAUCCUCAGCGUGCUUGUGCGUCGUGCGUGCGUCCGUGCGUGUGUGUCAUUGUACUUGUGUAUCUCCUGUGCAAGCUAGUAAGAGCAGUUAUGACGAAAGAGUUUCCGCGCAUCUCAUGAUCGAGAGGGACCAAGCGUUGUGUGCGGGACUGCAUUAAAAAAUCAAAUAAACAAAUAGAACAAACAAACUUUUUUCAUAUCGAAAGUGAGGGAGAAUAUGCGCUCUGUCGCGUGUACCGCUAAAACAGGUGUCUCCGAAUGUCCUCAAUAAUAACAGGGUGUAUCGAGGAGGAGCGGUCUAGCCAACCUUGGCCGCAAACGCGAAUAGGAUCCUCGGUGAAAACGUCGUAAAGCACAGCCCGUAGGCGCCGCCACUCGUAACUCGCUAUUUCAAAAACGACUAGUCGGGGGGGCUGCGCGUAGGUCGAAUCCACGGAUGUCAUUGAUGCAUCACACUGAAUUCCUUCGAUAUUACACACGUAAACGGAAAUACAUGAAGCAACAUAACAAAAAAAAAAUAACGAAUAAACAAAACACGUGCCUUUAUGCCUGAUGAGUUUCUUUGGCUCCUGACUCACGAACGUAAAUACCAACGAGCUUCCUCAUUGCCGGCUGUGAAUCAUCAACACAAUUUCCUUUAACUUUAUCUCAACAUUAAAUAAUUUUUUGCGAAAAACCCUGUGCGGAUUAAGCAUUUAAAUAAUAAAAAUAAUGUUUUCACGAUACGUCGGGAGGCGAGACAAGACAUUUCGGGACGAGGUGUGGAGCGAAAAGAGCCGUAAUUGCUGUUAAUUUUGUUUGUCACGGAGAAAGAUCCUCGUGGCACGGUUCGCGAUCUUUUCGAUCGGGGUCAAAUCUACGAGUACCACACGCGCUCAUUCUCGUCGAGACGAUGCGGUCGAAAUUAUCACGGAGCAUUAUUUUAAACGCAUUCAAAAUAAAACCCGUGUAACCCGUUUUUUCCGAACUUCAACGAUAUUUCAAAGAAAUGUUUACGAAUCGGUGGCGAUUGGGAUAAUAGCUGAUAUUCCUGGGAUCGAGAGUCGGGAUCGGCAAAGCUGGAGCGCCGAUUGAUCAGGAUCGAUCUGUUCGGCGGGAGGAAGCGUUCGGCGAUGUCGAUUCGCGUGAGUGGUGGUGUUUAUCUCGUGCCCACCACCGCACUUGACGAGUCCAAUAACGAAAAAUCCGUUGACGAUGCAAACCACGAACAACAACAACAGCAGCAGCAACAACAACAACAACAACAACAACAACAACAACAACGACAGACACAAAAUAAUUCACAAGGAAAGAGCGUCACUAUUGUGGCUGCUCCGCAGAGAAGUACGAGUUUGGAUUAUUUGAAUUUCGAAGAAAAACGACAACUAAUCGCCUCGUCGUUAUCUUUGAGCGAUUUUCUCGCGCACGGACCCGCCGCGGCGGCAGCCGCAGCGGCCAAAGAGGUCGCUGCCAAUACCGUUGUCAUCGCGAAAAAACAGAAUGGAGCUGCACUGCGAACGAACAGUCUGGGUUCGGGGGUGCGGACACCACCGCUCGAGAGAAAAAGCAAAUUUUCUGCCCUCGGGCGACUUUUCAAACCUUGGAAAUGGAAGCGGAAAAAAAAAUCUGACAAAUUCGAGGCUGCCUCGAGAUCUCUCGAGAGGAAGAUUUCGGUCCGAGCGAAUCGGGAGGAGUUGGUGCAGAAGGGAAUCCUUUUGCCCGAGAGUCCGACAUCGUUUGUACCGGAGAAUGGUGGCGGAGGAGGUUGCGGAGGCGGCGGUGACGGAACCGGAAGCGGUGGUGGAACAGGAGAAUCUGGCAAUUCUCAGAAGCCACCAACGCCUCAGCAGCAAUUGCAGAAGCAUCAUCAUCAACAGCACGAGCAAUCACCGGUGGCCGGUGGAGCUCCGUCCUCCGGUGUUCAAUGUCAGCAACGAACGCCGACUCCCACCACUGCCAAUACGCACCAAAAUUGUACGAAUGUGUCCGGUAGUAAUCAAGCUUCGCCCCAUUUGCCGCCACAUUAUCCAGGAAUGGGAGGGCAGUCGGGUGCGCCAAACGGCAACGCGCAAGAGCCGAAGAAGGAAAAGACUGAACAGCAUCAGCAGCAAAGCGGGAAUGGAGCUUUAUCGGGAAACGGUGGUGACUCUACGGGCGGAGGAGGAAGCGUCGGAUCAACCGGAAACCAAGGAUCUGGCGGCGGCACUCCUCAAUCCGGAGAACAACAAAAACCCAAUCGCCCCAACACCCUCGAUCCUUCGAGGAUGAUCAGGCGGAAAGUUGGGAUGCAAACGUGCGACAAAAAACAGGCGAUGUCCCGAUACAUGACUCCUUUACCACCUCAUAACAGCACUCUCGUCCUUUCCGAACUCCCCGAACCACCGAUACCGUUAAGUGAAAUCGGACCUAUUCCACCACCGCCCAUGUUUAGCUCACCUAGUCCAACCCUCCUGGCAAGGCAGCGACAACAACAACAACAGCAGCAACAUCAACCUGAAAUGCAGCUGCAACAACCUCAAAUGCAACCGCAAACUCCAAUGUCCACGUGGGAUACCAGAUGCCUAAACGAGGAAGAUGAUGACGAGGAAAUUGAUCCCGAGGAUGAAGACGACAGUUUGCGAGUUUUUAGGUUUUCACAAGCUGAUCCGAACAUAGAUACAUCAAGAGUUGAAGAGAUUCCAGCGAAAGAGCCAAAGUUUCACGCGAUGCCGUUGAAAAGUGCGUUAAAAAAAAAGGGUCCAGGAAGUGCUCCUGGUACUCCGCAAAAUACUCCUACCCAGGAGAACCGACCGCUCACUCUGCGUCAAGAGCUUCACGCCUCGUUUAACAGUCGACCAGUCAGAUUCGGUCUGGCGUUACCUUGCACGUUGGAAAACAAAGAAAACGCUCGACCCUACGUGAUACGGGAAGAUUCCGACGACUCGAGUGACGGACAAGUUCUGUACAGAGAAGAUUAUGACGAUGACGAGAGCCGAAUCGCAGCCAAAAUUGCGCGGAAAGAAUCGCUCUCGUUGAAAUUAGCUCUGCGGCCGGAUCGACAAGAGCUCAUCAAUAGAAACAUCCUCCAAAUACAGUCGGACAAUGAGAGGCAAGAGUCGAAAGAGGCGAUCGGUGCGAGGCUCAUCAGGCGGCUGAGUAUGCGACCGACUCAAGAGGAACUUGAGGAACGGAAUAUAUUGAAAAAACAAAGCCCAGCUGAAGAGAAGAAACAGAAGGAAGAAAAGAAGCGAUAUCUUCUGAGAAAGCUGAGUUUCCGACCCACCGUUGAAGAAUUAAAGGAAAAGAAGAUUAUCAGAUUCAACGAUUACAUCGAGGUAACGCAGGCCCACGAUUACGACAGGCGGGCUGACAAGCCGUGGACUCGUUUGACUCCGAAGGACAAAGCGGCCAUAAGAAAAGAACUGAAUGAAUUCAAAAGCUCGGAGAUGGCAGUACACGAAGAUAGUCGGCAUCUUACCCGGUUCCAUAGGCCAUGACAAUCGCAAUGCGUAGAAUUGCUAGUGUGCGACAGGGCUUUACCGAGUCCGACCUCAUGCGUCGUGAACCCUCGUUGUUGGCUGGGCGAUGGUCGUUCCCGUUGAUGGGGCCAUCGACUCCGGGUGUUUUCAAAUACCUUGUCAAUCAGCGCGACGAGGAAGGAUGGCGUUUACCGGAUAUCGGGACGCGCGAUCCGGGUAUUUUCGUCAUUUUGAAGAGAACAAAAACACAAAACAAAGAAUCCAAAUCUUGGGAGCGUACAUUCUUUCCCGAGAUCAUGACGUGCGCGCGUCCAACGAUCCCGGCUGUCGACAUGUUUUACAAGUCGGCGAACAUUGUGAUAGGGUGGACUCGUCCCUUGUAUCCUCCUCAAUGAUCAAUGGUCGGGCCACUCGCUGAUUAUUUUUCCGAUCCUUUUGUAUCGGUCCUCUCGCGAUGGAACUCCCUUAGUUUCUCACUCUUUCAAUCGUUAUCAUUCGUCACGAUGACUCUUGUCGGGAAACGAUGGCUCACGAGUUAUUUUAAACCUCUCGCAUUCCUCGAUAGAAGAAUAAGAAGAAAGAGCCGAAAACAAAAAACCACAGAGACAGCUGUUAUCGCCAUUAUUCUUUUUUUAACUAUUGACUUACUUUUCGAGUCCUAUUACGCGUAUAAUCUUUGGUCCCCGAUCGGACGAUGCGAAGAGAUCUUACUUUCGCGAAUGUCAAAACGACAUGUGAAACGCUUCAAAUGGACUAAUCAUGGUCGAUUAACGCUAAAUUGAACGAUAAUUAAUUAAUCGUGCUAUUUGUAUUUCGUUGCGUCACCGAGUAGACAUUUUUUUCGUUAUCGUUAUCUAUUCUGUCGAUAACUAUCCAUUAUUAUUGUUAUUGCUGUUAUUAUUAUUAAUAUUAUUGUCAUCAUUAUUAUUAUUGCGAUUACAAUUAUUAUUACUUACAUCGUUGUUACUAUCGGAAACAAGAUAUUACACCCUUUUUUUAUACUAGUGAGAGAGGAAAAAAAAAUGUUCUCAUAUAUCGUGACUGAAGAAGAAAAAAAGAGUUGAGCGCGUCCGAUCUCAGUGUUAAUUUGUUACCACGGAUGGUAGAAGCCCGAGGCGAAUAAACAGUAAUAAUUAGUCGAUAACUAUGGUCUCUUAGGAAAAGAAGAAUAAAAUUUUUACCCCUUUCUCGAUAACGCCGCGGGCCUCGAUUUGACUAUCCGGCUAUGAUUGGCUAUUGAGAUCUAGCGUUCGAUAUACUUCGAGAGCUUUAUUUCAUAUACGUUAAAAGGAUAAGCAAAACUGACGAGACUCAACGUCGUUUGUCUACAAUCCUCUUACGCCCUCUGGUUCUCUUUUCUGGACCCCCCCCCUCUCUCUCUCUCUCUCUUUUCCUGUGCAAAAGUUUCUAUUAAUGUUUGCGGCACAAACCUGUAUUUCAAAGCCGUCAGCUAAUUUUUGCCGAUAAAGAGAAAGGAACAACAUAUUUAUCGGGCGUAUCGAUAACUAAAGAAAACAAAAAAAGUAAAUGCAAAAAUGAGCAAUCGGACAAACACUUGUUGAAUGGGCUUCAUUUGAGCUCGACUGUGUGAUCGUUGCCUCGCAGCAUCGUUCUAUCUUUUAGUAAUAAAUUGAUGAUCGCGACUACCGUGUAGUCCAUUAAAUAUGUAUGAAUAUAUAUAAAUAUACAUAUAUAUAUAUAUAUAUAUAUAUUGAAAAAUCCGUCGGAGAAAUGUCCUCGAUUCGAUCGAUUCACCGCUCUCGCUAAGAUUGAUCAUUCAAAAUUCUAUAUCAACACGAGACUCGAUGAAACAAGCAUAUAUAUCUAUACGUAUAUAUAUUUAUAUAUGUAUAUAUCAGAUUUUUCGUGUAAAUAUAUGUGAUAAAGGAGGAACAAGAGUGAGGGAAGCAAAAGAAAUGCAAAAAAAAACAAAAAAUAUUAUACAUAACGUAUAUAUAUAUGUAUAAAUAUAUGUGCCGAGUGCUUUUCCUGGGCGAUGCGAGUUUAUACCGCGCGCUCGUUUUAUUCAACCAUCGGAUUAACGCUGCUUGCGCGUCAAACAAAAAAAAAACGAAAACUACGCGUCAACUUAUUGAUACUCGCGUAUACGAUAAUUGUAACGAGUGAUGCAAUGAAAAAAACUAUGAAUAAACGAUGCUAUGCCGCAAAUCAUAAAUUAAUACUAUACGUAAACACAAAAGCGAUGUUGCAUUGUAGUUGUGUGAUACGUUUUUGUUUUUUGAUUUUUUUUUUGUUUUUUUUUUUUUUUCGUAGCGUAAACACACAGAGUUAGUAUUUCGCGUGCAAAUGAUAAAGGAGGAAAAACUUGGAGAAAAAAAAUCUAAAAAGAAAAAAACAUUAAAAAAAAAAAAGCAACAAGCAGCGCAAGAGAAACGGGGCAAAAACUUAUCGAACCGAUGUUGAGGCGCGCGGAUGCUGAUUUAUGAUUGAGAUCGGAAAAGCUUUAUUCGCUCGCGAUCACGAUCCGGCACUCGCGUCUACCAAAAUUCGAGUAAUUCAUUGAAAUAAUAACAAGUAUUAAUAUUAAUAAUCAAUAAUAUGAAUAAUAAUAAUAAUAACAAUAAUGCUAGUAAUAAUAAUAAUAACAACAAUAAUAACAGUGUAACGAUAAUAAUAGAGAGGAAAAUGGUGACAAGACCAUUAACGAUAAUAAUCAUUGCUACCAUCAAGCGUUUUGUCAAACGGCGAGGUUUUGAAGCACCGCCGAGAGCACGUCAGCAGCGACAGGAAAAUAAACGUUUUUAGCGCGAGCGCAGUAAGAUAUUCGAUCGAGGGUCUUUCGGGCGAGAAACUACGACAAUUCCAUACGAUACUUCAUCGAGUGACUUCUAGGAAAAAAAAAAAAGAAAAUAAUAUUAUAAACGGGAGGAAAAUGAAAAGGAAAAAGAAUCAAGUAAAUGGGAAUGAAGAAAAAUGGAGAAAAAUGAAAAUUUUUAAGAAGAGCAUGAUGACGAUGAUGGAGAAUUUUUAAACGCGAAGAAUAAAUCGAUCGAAAGACGAUUGUUUUACGCUGUGGUUGGUGGGUGCGUAUAAUAUACUCGAAAUGUUGAUCGUCGCAUUGAGCGUACUUUUGUUGUACAUAGCGCGCAUGCACACGGGUGUGUGAGGCAUUGAUUCGUGCGCGAGUGUGGGCGCGCUCAUGUACGUAUUUAUUUGUACGUACGUAUGUAUAUAUUUAAUCCACUGUCAUACAGGGUUAUUCUUUCUCGACUGCCGCUUUAUGUCACUCGAUGUGCAAUUUCUCGUGUAAUUAUAUUCAUAUAAGCGAUUUAAAUGAGGAAAGAAAGAGAGGAGGAGGAGGAGGAGGAGGAGGAAAAGAAGAAGAUGAAAAAGAUAAAAAAAAUUACAAAAGGAAAUAAUAAACGAAGAAACUACGAGAAAAGAAGAAAAAUAGCGAAAUUCAAUAUCGAAUCUUCCACGAUUAGUACGACAACGACAAUGAAUGAAUCGGUUCGUUCGUUUUUUAACAACCGAUCGCCAAAAAAUGAAAAACUAAAAACAUUUAAAACGUAGGAUCCUCAUCCUCCCAAAAACCAACAUCCCCCAGUCCCUUCCUUCACUUUUCUGACUGCCGAAGGGCAUAGAUAUUAUUAGUAGACACCAACCAAUACCCCCCCCCCCCCUUCCCCGCCCCGGUGUAUUAUAUUGAGCAUAAGGAGCCCGUUAAUUCUAAGAUAAUGAUCAUGUAUAUAUACAUACAUAUAUAUGUAUACGCAUAUAUAUGUAUAUGUGUGUGUGCGUGUGCUAUAAUGAUUGUACCGUAAUAUCGAAACGAUCGUCUCAAGUUCGAUCGGAGCUGCGGUUAAAAGACGAAAAGAUGGGGGAAUGGAAGGAAUGAAGGAAAAAAAUUAAAAAAAAAUAAAAGAUAAGAGGGAAAAAAGAAACCAUAAACGGAGAUGAAAAAGGUGAAAGGUGGAACACAACUGAUGAAAAUAUUGAAGGGAGAAGAAAAAAAAUAUACAUACGUAGGAAAAGAGAAGGGAAGUCUAAGAAGGAAAAGAAACAGCAGGCUACCUACCGAAAACGCUGCCUGUUGGUUUCGUCACUUGUAAAACCCAAUUCGUUUUAUCUCUUUUUACUUUCUUCGUCGAUUUUUAUUUUGUUAUAAGUUCUUACGUAUUUAAGAUUAUCACAAUUUAUUGUAUUAUUAUCAAUGAGAUACUGUAACAAACGAAAAAAUACUGUUAACUAUUCUUAAUAAAAAUUAAAACUUUUGUAAAC